UGUACAGCCGAUAGCUAAUACCAUAAAAAAAUAAUCUCCCACAUUAAAAUAGAUAAACCCUAGCUGCCACGAUCUAAAUCCUCGUAAUCACAAUUCCCCAACAGCUCGAAUGAUGAUUAGAUGAUUAGGUCAUGAACUCGCGUGCUCCAUUCCUCGAUAUCACGAGUGAUUAGCGACAAUUGUGUAGACAAGCUAGAGAAACUCGAAACUAUGGUGCCUCCAACAAGUGGCUUCUGUCCUUUGUCCCCUCCCUCAAGUGCAUCAACUCGUGAAUUAUGUAAUGGUUGUUUGUGCGUACGUAAUUGACCUUGGGAUUUGAGUCCGUAAGACAUGAGUAAGAUCUGUCAAGUUCAAUUGGUCAUCGGAUAGACAAGUGAAAUCACCGAUGCAGCUGGCAGCGACUCACAGGCCUCAUCCACCCCCUGUACCACCAAGACCCAGCAGACAGGUGGUUGCUGAGGCAUUAAAACGCACCCCAAGACUACCCUGUCCAACACGACAAGCACCACCACCACCCAAUACAAAACCCUGGCGUCCUGGUGACAAAACUGAUAAUAACGUGUCAGCUGGUCGUACUGUUAUUUACGAAUCGUCGAGGAUAACGAAAGAUCAACCAACAAAGUGCAACGAACGCACGAGUGACCCGGAGAAAACACAAGAAUGUCGUGGCAGGAGUGAAAGGAUUGUAAAUCAUCGGGAAAGGCAACAACAACUCACUGAACUGAUCGUUAACGGCAAUGAAAAUUCAGUCAGGUUUGGAAUCAAAGAGGAAGCCACGGGAAUUCAUUCAGACCGGAAGGAUUCUGCUUCAGAUGUUUUUGCCAGGGUUCAAGGUACUGAGGAUAAUGCCGAGGGUAAUGAACAAGUGUGUGAAGAUUUUGAUGUAAUUAAGAAGAGCUUUGAGGUAAGGGGCAGUGGAACUGGGAGAAAGGACACGUCUCUUAGUUCCACUGGUAUCAGGACAAAAGUACAAGUGAAUGAUAAUGGUGAUGAGAUCGGUGGUGAUAAUUUGACACAUGUUUUGGUGGGAAAGCCGAGGGAAAAUUCGGUUGCUACGGUUGCUACGGUUGUCGUUGUUGAGGAACCAGAGCGGAAAGUAACUAUCAAUGAGGACAAUAAAGACAAUAAAGACAAUAAAGACAGCAAAGACAGCAAAGAUAAUAUACAGCAUCAGGACUGGCUUGAGGCUGGUGUUCGUUAUUCAUCUACUAAAAUUACACUAGCUGGGGACGACUCCCUCAGUGAUCGUGGGAAUGAUUAUGAUAAUUUUCAAGGAGAUAAACUCGUCGAUGCCCAUAAAAAUGAUGAGGCCAUCAAGAUUAGUCUGGAUUUUUCAAGUAUACGUGAGAGAAUAGCCAUGUCGUCGCUUCAGGGUUUACCACCACUGCCUAGAAGUCUCAGUGGCUUCAAUCUGAAUGAGGUGAAGAGAGAAAAUGAACCACCACCACCUCCACCAACGAGAUCAUCUAGUAAAACCCCAAAGGGUUGCAAAACUCCACAACAAUCGAGUUCCAGGCCAUCACCACCGAACAGACAACUCACGACUCUUGACACUCAACUUGCUAUUCUCAGAAAGGAAAUGUUUGGAUUGCGUCAGCUGGAUUUGUCACUCCUGUCGCAGUUGUGGUCGCUGAACGAAUCGAUCCAGGAAUUUCGUCACAUUCUCCAGGAGCAGGAGGAUAGGGCCCCCUCGUCCUCUCCAAGCAGUGAGGAUGGUGAGGAUGGGUAUCAUGGACAUCCACCUCCUCCCCCGAGAAGGCCAGCACCUCUUCUCCAUCACCACAGACCACCGAGACCACCGAGACCACUGAGACCACCACCAAGUGACGAAUCACCAUCCAGCGAGGAAUAUGGAGCAAUUUGAUGCCCUUGAAUUCCAACGUGUCACCAAUUUUUUUUUCUCAUCGUUUGUACGUGUGUCGUUCCUCUCGAGUCCGUGUCACAACAACCUCAAUGCCUUUUUCAUUAAUCCUUCGUCUGAUCAAUGAGUAAUUACAUGCAAUUAUUGUAUUAUAGUAUAAUUAUCUCUUCCUUCAUGAUUUUUUAUGGUUGUGCUUUCUUGUAAUUUCGUCAUUUUAAUAGGAAAAAUCACAAAAAAAUAUUCAUUUUCCAAGUUUUCAAGAAAAAAAAAUGGAAAAUGCUGCAUCAGACGAAGGAUUAGUCAUUAUUAAUUAAUAACAGCGUGUUAUGCUAUUAGCAGACACUGAUCUCAAUCCGUCGCCAGAAAAUGUCAAAAUUAUAGACAAAUUAAUGAUUCCCCUAAUGUCUGGGGGUUUAUCUCGUAACGAAAGUAUCAUUCGAAAAAUAAUUUUCCUUAUAUUGACUUAUUAUCAAGUCGAAUGGAAUUGAGAGUUUAUUUGGAGUGAGUGCUACGUAUGCUCUAGGAAGCGUGUGAUUUUUUUUAUAUGAUGUAUAUUAUUUGAAUCCAACUGUGAAACUCAUUUUCCCUGUAUAUUUUGUAAAACUUAGAGUAAGUCAUGAUAAAAUAUUAAUUACGAGUACGACUGUUCAAUAAAACUUAACUACUAAAUUCA